AUGCGACAAAUUAAACAGAGGCUGUUUCCAUAUGAAUCCAGAAGUGCUACUAGAUUAGCCACCUUGCUAGAUCCGAGAUUUAAAAAAGAAGGGUUUCAGUCAGGUCAAAAUGCGGCCCAAGCGUCUAUGUUGCUGGAAAACGAAUUGGUUGAAAUCGACAGAAUUGCAGCAUCGUCAUCGAAUGACAACAUAGAGGAACCGUCGACAUCAAAAAGCGUUAAAAUUCCACAGAUUUAUGCAUUUUUGACAGAGAAGCUAUCCAGCAAAGUCAAAUCCAACAGAGCGGAUGCUAUCAUCACACUACGCGAAUACACUGAAAAACCCAAUGAGCCGCUAGAUGUAGACCCAUUGGAAUACUGGAAUGUAGCAAUGGCAUUUUGUGUAACGCUUAUAUAAACAAACAUUUAUCUCAAUUUCAGACUUCGACUGAAAUGAAGUCAAUGCAAAUCAUGGCAUGCAAAUAUUUGUGCAUUCCGGCAACUUCAACGGAGUCUGAGCGUAUGUUCAGCAAAGCUGGAGAAUUAGUCUCAGACAGACGAACAAGACUGAAGGAAAAAAAUGUCGAUAUGUUGUUAUUUAUCAACAAAAAUCACGAAAUGUGCUAAUAUUGAUCUCUUUAAAACCACUGAGUGGCUCUUUGAUCUCCGUUUUAAGCUUUCAACUUAUGUUGUA